GGACUGAAAAAAAAUUUACAUCAAAAAAUAACCUCAAAUCCAGCAAAUUUUGUAAAUAGAAAAGAAUAGGAACAUUGUAAAUAAAAUAUUUGCUGGCUAAAAUGCCUACAAUAUCUGUAAAACGUGAUGCGUUAUUCUCAGCACUGGGAAGGAAAUACACUGAUGACGAGUUUCAGGAUUUAUGUUUCGAAUUUGGUCUGGAGCUGGAUGAAGUUACCACUGAAAAGCAGAUGCUCAUGAAAGAGCAAGGAGAUCACGCAGGUGCAGGUGUGUCUGAGGAAGUCCUAUAUCGAAUAGAUAUCCCGGCCAACAGAUAUGAUUUAUUGUGCCUUGAAGGACUAGUUGAUGGAAUACUCGUAUUCCAAGGAAAGAAAGCGCCUCCACAAUAUAAGCUAGUGAAAUAUGAAGACUGCUAUUCUUUGCACUUAACACCAGCCACUGGCCAGAUCAGGCCAUAUGCUGUGGCAGCAGUGCUCAAAGGGAUCACCUUCACACAGGAGUCUUACAACAGUUUCAUUGACCUACAGGACAAACUGCACCAAAACAUUUGCCGAAAGAGAACACUGGUGGCUAUCGGCACUCAUGACCUGGACACAGUUCAGGGCCCAUUUGUGUAUGAUGCUCUGCCGCCUAGCGAAAUUAAGUUCAAAGCACUCAAUCAACAAAAAGAGAUGACUGCCACGGAGCUCAUGGAACUAUACUCGCAUCAUGCUCAACUGAAGCAGUACCUGCCUAUCAUCAGAGACAGCCCAGUGUACCCAGUGAUCAAGGACAAGAAUGGUGUCGUGCUCUCUAUGCCGCCCAUCAUCAAUGGAGACCAUUCCAAGAUCACACUUAACACAAAGAAUGUCUUCAUUGAGUGCACAGCAACGGAUUUGACUAAGGCCAUAGUAGUCCUGGAUACGAUAGUGAGCAUGUUCUCUCAGUACUGCGGACGCUCGCACGAGGUGCAGCAGUGCAAGGUGUUCGCGCCCGACGGCACCUAUGAACUGUACCCCAAGCUGGCUUGUCGAGAGGAGCUGAUCAGCAUUGAUAAGGCUAACAGCUAUAUUGGGAUCAGCGAAGACGGCGACAAACUGGCAUCGCUUCUGUCCCGUAUGUGCCUGCCCACAACGCGGGAAAAUGACCUGCUGCGCGUCAGAGUCCCGCCCACCAGGCAUGACGUCAUCCACGCCUGCGAUCUCUACGAAGACAUUGCUAUCGCUUUCGGAUACAACAACAUCCCUCGGCGCGCGGGCGGUCCGGCCACGGCUGGUGGACAGCAACCAGCUAUCAAGCUCUCGGAACAGCUGCGCGCUGAAUGCGCCCACGCCGGCUAUACUGAGGCGCUCACCUUCACGCUCUGUUCUCGCGAGGACGUGGCCACAAAGCUUGGCCUCAAGAUCGAGGAAGUCCCCGCCGUCCAUAUCUCCAACCCGAAGACGCUCGAGUUUCAAGUAGUCCGAACGCUGCUGCUAUCGGGACUCCUGAAGACGCUCGCAGCCAAUAAGAAGAUGCCCCUGCCUUUGAAGCUCUUUGAAAUCAGUGACGUCGUGUUGAAGGAUGAUAAUGCUGAGACUGGCGCACGCAACGAGCGGCGUCUAUGCGCGGUGCACUGUGGGCGCGCCGCUGGUUUCCAAUUCGUACACGGGCUACUCGACCGCGUCAUGGCGCUGCUGCGAGUGCCCUACAGCAGUGAUGGUUACGGCCUGAGGCAGCGGGAAGACCCAGCGUAUUUCCCGGGAAGGUGCGCCGAAGUGGUCCUCCGCGGUGAAGUGAUAGGCAAAAUAGGCGUCAUACACCCCAACGUAUUGGCAGCUUUCGAGCUCACCAACCCUUGCUCGGCGCUCGAGAUCAACAUAGAACCGUUCGUGUAACGAAUCUGGUGAAUAAAUGAAUUAAAGGCUCUAAA